AUGGAUAGAUUUACAAAAGAACCUGGUGAAAUAGUUCAUUUGAAAGCAUCAACAAAGUUUAAUAAAGAACAAGGCACUUUGUAUUGUACCAACUUGCGUAUUGUUUGGGUUCAAUUGGGAAAGAAUUCUGCUAGUUUACAUUUUCAUCUAUCUGAUAUUAAGACACAAUUUAUAAGUACAGAACAAUCAGUAAAAGCAUUACUUAGAUUAAGUGUAAAAGAACAAAGAGAUUCUAUACAGACCAAAGACUUUUUGUUUGAAUUUAUUCAUGGACAAGACGCAAGAAAGGAUUUAAAUACGUUUAGAGAUCGUAUAGCACAGGUGGUUAGAUUGGUGACACCACCUGCAACACCUGCAACUGCCAAAUCGACAACACCUUCUACUACAUCUCCCAACUCUAUCAAAUCUACAGCUGCUUCCAACAAUUCUACUGCUGCUGCUGCUGCUGCCGCGGCCGCUGCUGCUGCUCUUGCAGAAUCAAAGAAAAAACUAGAGACUUAUCGUGGUGGAACCAUCACUGAAGACGAGAUUAAACAACGUGUAUUGCUGUUAUCGGCCAAUCAAGAGUUGAAACAACUGUUUGACCAAUUGGUAGGUGGUGGAGUGAUUAGUGAAGCAGACUUUUGGGAGACUAGAAAGACAAUGCUUAAAAACGACUCUAUUCGUUCGGAAAAGCAACAAGUUGGUAUGCCUAGCAUGUUGUUGGCCGAUGUCAGACCUACAACACACUCUAGUAAUGCAGUCACCUAUAAAUUGACUCCCACCAUCAUCAAACAAAUCUUUAUCCAACAUCCAUCGGUUGAACGUGCCUACAGAGACAAUGUACCACACAAAUACACUGAACAAGAAUUUUGGAAAAAAUAUGUUCACUCUAAACAUUUUCAUCGUGAUCGUAAUCCUGUUCCAAGUAGUGAUGAUUUAUUUUCAAAAUAUGAUACAAAUGAUGAUUCUGUUACAAAAUUAUUAAAAAAAAAAUUAGUUGAUAUUAAUCCAUUGGUUGAUAUAUCAAAUGAUGGAGAUGAAGAACAAGUAUCAGAUGGAUAUGGAGUAUUAUUGGAUGCAAGUCAAAAUCCAGAAAAAUUAAAACAAUGUCUACCAUUGUUGAGACGUUUCAAUAGACAUAGUUCAUUGGUUUUGGGAUCAAAAGAUAUAUUGUACAAUUCAAAUGAUAUUAAUAAUAGUGCCAAUGCACAAGCAACCACAACCAUUGAAGAAAAAGAAAAACAAAUUAAAGAUAAACAACAAAUCAUCAAAGAACAUGCCUUGUUUGAAGAUUUAGAAGAACCUAUAGACAAGAGUAACCUAACUAAAAAGUUAAAAAUUCAAGAUCAAAGACGUUAUUUUGAAGGUUUCCAACAAAAUGAACAAUUUAAAGAUUCUCAAGAAAAGAAUCAUCUUUUAAAAAUAUUUCAAUCAAAUAUUUCAAAUUUUAAUUUAAAUCAUUUUAAUUCUGAAUUAUUAAAUUCAUGUCAACCAGUAUUGGAUGAUAUAGCACAAGUAUCAAGUAGUACAGAAAGACAAACAGAAUAUUCAUUACCAGAAUCCAAAUUUAAAACAGAUUUCCUUUUGAAUUUUAGAAAAGCAAAUGAAUUGCUACGACAUUUUUGGGCAUCAUCUUAUACACCUGGCAUUGGAAGACCACCAACCAAACAACAAAUUGAAAAGAAUAAUAGAUUGGCAAAUGAAAUUGUCAUUCUUUUCGAUCGUCUACAAGAAAGAAAGAAAAAAUUAACAGAUGAAAACAAAACCAAUCAAGUCAGUCUUAUAUCUCCUGUUCAAGAUUCACUUAAUCGUGCUAUUAUGAAACAUCAAGAUAUUUCUGGUAUUCGACACUAA